AUGGAAGAAAGUAAUAAUAGCAUUGACUAUUGGGACGAUGCGGCAGCCGAAGAGUCAGACUCUUCACUGCCGGAAUUAAAGAGAAAAUUCUCGAGACAUAUUCGAUUCUCAGACGAAGUCAAAACUCCCGAACAAAUAAAAAGAUUUUCAAAUACUAAUACUUCAUAUCAAUCGCCUUCACAAUCAAUAAGAGGUAGCAGUGACAUAAAACGUGGUAGUGAUGAUGACGGUAGUGGAUAUGACAUCAAUAGUUUAAAUGAAAAGAAAACUGCAGAUCUUGAAAUUGAACUUCUAGAACAAGAGAUAGAAUUAGAACAAACAUCAAAUGAUGGCAGUUCAGAUCUCGAGAAACAACGAAGACAAUAUUCAGUUGCAUCUGAUAAUGGAAAUGCGGUUAGUAAUGAACUUGGUCCACAUACCUUGAAAAGAUUAUCGGCCGCAUUAAGUAUAUCAAGCUCGAAAAAAGGCAAAGGUGAAAAAAGGAACUCUUCAAUAGCAAUAGUGAGAGCUGUUGUUCCUAUUACAGACAAUUCAUCGUUGCCAUGCUUAACUUUUCGAUUUUGGGUCUUGGGAACAUUUUUCACGGUGCUCGGAGCUGCGGUAUCACAGUAUGCAUGGUUUAGAUCUACUUCACUAAGUUAUUCAAUACCUUUUGUACAGUUGCUCACUUAUCCGUUGGGUAAUUUUAUGGCUUCGGUAUUACCUAGACGUUGUUUUAAUUUUUUUGGAUGGGAAUGGACAAUGAACCCUGGCCCAUUUAAUAUGAAAGAACAUGUGUUGAUUAGUGUAGCUGCUAGUACUGGUGGUAUUUCUGCAUAUGCAAUACAUAUUCUAGCAAUACAAAAUUUAUUUUAUCACCAAGAUGUCGGCAUAUUUGGUAGUCUUUUACUACUAUGGUCAACACAAUUACUUGGUUAUGGUAUGGCUGGUGCACUGCGAAAGUUUUUAGUUUAUCCCGCGUCUAUGAUUUGGCCCAUAAACUUAGUACAAGUGGCCCUCUUUAACACACUACACGAAAAUAGCGGAUUAGCUUCAGGAUCAAAACUAAAAUUUUUCGUGCUCGCAUUCGGACUAACAUUUAUUUGGGAACUGGUGCCAACUUUGUUCUUCCCAACACUGAGUAGUAUUGCUGUUCUAUGUCUGAUCAACAACAAAGACAUGGUUUUGACCACACUAGGCUCAGGGUUUGGUGGUGGUUUCGGUUUUUUGAAUCUUUCAUUGGAUUGGAAUGUAAUUGGACUAUUUGGACCAUUGUACUCGCCGUGGUGGGCAACAGCAAAUUGGUAUUUCGGGAUGAUAUUCAUGACAUGGCUUAUCGGUCCAAUAAUUUACUACGGGAAUGUGUGGGACGCACAAUUGUAUUUACCUCUCACCCCGGACACUUUUCGCAAAGACGGCUCACGAUACGAUCCAGAAAAGAUUACCAUCAAUGGAGAAUUUGACGAAAAGAAGUACAAAGAAUACGGAGAAAUGUAUUUAUCACCAUACUUUGCAUUCUGUUACGCAGUCUCAUUUACUUCAUUGACCGCGUUGGUCACUCAUGUCUAUCUAUACUACGGAAAAGAAAUCUGGAAUCGAUUCAAGAAUUCUCGAGUGGAAGACGAUGAUAUACAUCAUAAAAUGAUGAAUGUGUACCCGGAGGUGUCUAUAUGGUGGUACGCGGGCCUUGCAAUCUCGAUGACUAUUGUCGCGGUGAUAUUUGUCGAGGUGUAUCCAAUUUUGUUGCCUUGGUGGGGCGUGUUGUUUGCGAUUUUAAUAGCCGCGAUCAUGGUGCUUCCGGUUGGGAUCAUACAGGCAAUAUCAAAUACUCAGAUUGGAUUGAAUAUUUUGACGGAAUUGGUUUGUGGAUAUAUUUUACCGGGUCGACCGAUUGCCAAUGUCGUAUUCAAAACUUAUGGAUAUAUGACGACGGCACAAUGUCUGGUGAUGGUCCGUGAUUUGAAACUUGGUCACUAUAUGAAAAUUCCUCCGCGUGCCAUGUUCAUUACACAAGUCUACGCAACGGCAAUUGGCGCCGUGAUAAAUUACCUUGUUUUACACGCGAUUAUUGAUUCGAAACGUUCUUAUCUGGACGGAACCGAAAUUGAUCCAACCGGCCAAUGGUCUGGUCGCACAGCUCGAAUAUUCAAUUCUGCCUCAAUCAUCUGGGGCUUAAUCGGUCCACGUAGAUUUUUCGGUCCCGGCUCAAUGUAUUAUGGAUGUCUACUCGGUUUCGCGAUCGGUCUCGUACUUCCCAUUCCGUUCUAUCUACUCCACAAAAAAUAUCCAAAUAUCGGCUUCAAUCUCAUCAACAUCCCGAUCAUCGCAAACGGUGGUACCCAGAUCCCACAAUUCCCCGCGAAUGUGAUCGUAUCCGGAUUAGUCGCUAGUGCACUAUCACAAUUUUAUGCCGCACGCUAUCGCACUGGUUGGUUCCGGAAAUACAAUUAUGUGUUGGCAGCCGCGUUGGAUGCCGGGACGUCUCUUUGUGGAAUGUUUGUAUUUUUGGCGAUUACUGGGAUACCUAAAAAACGAUUUCCUGUUUGGUGGGGAAAUCCUGAGGUUGAUAUAGAACAUUGUACACCGGGGUCAUAG